AUGCCUCCAUUAGAUAAACGAAUUAAGAAGUUCAUCAAGGACUCGAUCAGAGUUGCUCCGCGCAUUUCUGAAAAGGGGGAGCUUGGUGAACUGAGAACUGGUUUAGUGUCCCAAUAUCCACAGACUCGUAAGGAUGCUAUCAAAAAGACUAUCCAGCAAAUGACUCUGGGGAAAGAUGUUUCUUCAUUAUUUCCAGAUGUUGUGAAGAAUAUUGCCACAAAUGAUGUUGAACAAAAGAAGUUAGUCUAUUUAUAUGUCAUGAAUUAUGCAGAAACUCAUCCAGAAUUAUGUAUUUUAGUUGUUAACACUUUUGUUACUGAUGCACAAGACCCAAAUCCAUUGAUACGUUGCAUGGCCAUAAGAACAAUGUGUAUGAUCAGAGUGGACAAGAUUUUAGAAUAUAUCGAAAUACCGCUGCGUCGAACUUUACAAGAUGAUAAUCCUUAUGUGAGAAAGACAGCUGUCAUUUGUAUUGCCAAAUUAUUUCAGUUGAAUAAAGAAUUAUGUGUUGAAAUUGGUGUGUUGGAUGAUUUAAUUGCCGCAUUAGAUGACUCAAAUCCUAUGGUGGUAGCGAAUGCUACUGCUGCAUUGACUGAAAUUAGCGUAAUGGAUCCAGAUGCAGUGUUACUGCUUGAUUUAAUUAGCUCACAUGUCAACCAAUAUUUAUUGGCAUUGAAUGAAUGCACCGAGUGGGCAAGAAUUACAAUUUUGACAGCAUUAACAGAAUACCAGGCAAAGGACUCUAUAGAGGCCCAACAAAUUAUAGACAGAGUUACAGCUCAUUUACAACAUGUUAACCCUGCAGUAGUAUUAUCAACAAUAAAGGUCAUCAUAAGAAACUUAGAAUUAACACAACCACAAUCCAGCAAUUCUGUAAUUAUGAAGAAAAUGACAUCUGCUUUAGUUUCGUUGAUGUCUACACCACCGGAAUUACAAUAUAUUGCAUUGAAAAAUAUAAGAAUUAUCUUAGAAAAAUAUCCGGAACUACUUUCAAAAGAGUUGAGAAUAUUCUACGUUAAAUUCAAUGAUCCUCUGUAUGUAAAAUUAGAGAAGAUCGAGAUUAUGGUUAGAUUAGUUGAUCCUGCAAAUACGAAGCAAUGUCAGUUACUAUUAUCCGAGCUAAAGGAAUAUACCAUGGAAUUUGAACCUGAAUUCGUGUCACGCUCAAUUCAAGCUUUAUCUCAGUUAGGGAUUAAAUAUUCACAUGAAACUUUUGUUAGUAAAGUGCUAGAUAUUUUAAUUGACUUUCAAGAACGGCAAGAAAGUUACAAAGAUGAGUGUUGUUCAGCAAUGUGUGAUUUAUUGAGACAUUGUUCUACUAAUGAUGAAAUGAUCACUAGUGUAUGUGCUAUCUUAAAUGCUUGGUCCGAUCCAGAUUCAAUGUUACAAAGAGACGAUGCAAAAUGUAACUAUAUAUGGCUACUUGGACAGUACCCAAUUAAAUUUCCUUCUUUGACAGAAAAAAUUAGCAUAUUUGUAGACAAUUUUGUCCAUGAGGAACCUUUGACACAAACAUCGAUAUUGAUGACUAUCGUGAGAUUGCACUCGCAAUUACCAGGAUCUAUACUACAAAACAUUUUAGAAUUGGCUACAAAUCAAACAAAUGAGAUUGAUGUUAGAGAUUUGGCUAUGAUGUAUUGGAGAUGUCUAUCAAUGCCUAAUGUUGAAGGACUAGUUAAACAAUUAUGUUCCAUGAACUUACCACAAAUUGCUAGCACGUUGGAUAAAUUAUCUCCAGAUGUUUUGGAAAAAUUGUUGAGAGAACUUUCUACAAUUAGUUCCAUAACCCUAAAACCACAAGUAGACAAUAAAAAUAAAUAUGCGCAACACCAGAGAGUCAUCAGGGGUAAACAUUUAGACGAAUUAAAGGAUAUAGCCAAAAACGAACUUGCAUACAACAUGAAUGAUGAGGUCUUAUUGGAUUUCGAUGACAACGACAAUGACGAUAAUUACAGUUCAAAUAACUCCAAUCCAAUACAGAAUUCCAGCGCAUUAGACGAUUUAGAUGAUCUUUUUAACUUUGGUAAUAAUACUAAUUCAAAUGCUGAUGGAAGUGCAAUUGAGCAAGGAAUUUACGAUUUAGAUAUUCACAAGAAAGAUAAUCAUGAUCAGGAAACGUCUUCGAACACUCAAGAAUUAUUAGAUUUGUUUUAA